UUGUCCGUUUCAUUUCAGUAUGUCAUUCCAUUACAUCAUAACUCUGCAAGACCAUGUUUAGACCCAAUUAUUUCACCACUCUAUGCCUCCUCUUUUUGGGCCUCCUCCAGAUACAAUUUUCUGUACUCUGCUCAUUUUGCCAAACUCCAUGGGAGCAGUGGCUGGUCUCCAGCCCCUGGGGAUGCACAGCCAUGGCUACAAAUUAAUCUGGGUAGAAAGUAUCGCAUUGUCGCGAUUGCUACACAGGGUACCUUCAACUCUCACGACUGGGUGACCAAGUACAUGCUCCUCUAUGGAGACCGGUUUGAUGCAUGGACUCCUUACACAAUGAAAGGAGGAAACAUGACAUUGCCUGGAAACUGGAACUACUACCAGGUGAAGAGAAAUGUCUUUCAUUAUGCUUUUACCGCUAAACACCUUCGCCUCCUACCUAUGGGCUGGAACACAGAAAAUGGUGGAAAGAUUGGUGUACGGCUCGAGGUCUAUGGCUGUCCUUAUGACUCAUACGUGAUGUAUUUUGAGGGAGACGACAUGGUGGCAUAUUCGUUCCCUGGCGGGAGUGUAAGAACCUUGCAAGACCACUAUGCUUUGAACUUUAAGACGCUUGAGAAAGAUGGUGUGCUACUGUACAGCGAGGGCAUCCAGGGAGAUUCAAUCAUGCUUGAGCUGAAAACUGGACGACUCUACCUGCAUAUCAGUCUGGGAGGCAGCACAGUGCACAAAGUGGACGGCAUGACCACAUUGAGGCUGGGGAAUCUUCUAGACACACAGCACUGGCACUAUGUGACCAUAAAACGGUACGGCCGAGAGCUCAACUUCACUCUGGACAGCCAGACUGAGAGAGUCAUCCUCAAUGGAGAGUUUAAAUACCUGGACCUAGACAAGCAGAUAUAUGUUGGCGGUGUGAUCGAAAAAGACUCACCUCAUCUCCCAGGUAAAUUCAACUUCCGCGGCUGCUUGGAGAACGUCUUCAUCAAUGGAGUCAACGUCAUUUACAAGACCCAGUACCAAGAUCCUGAUGUACGCUUCGCUCCCAAAAAGAAAAAGAUGCAUUACACAUGCCGUGACCUCCUUUGGAGACCCAUGUCCUUCGCGGGGCCCAACAACUACCUCCAGGUGCAUGGGUUCUUCCGAAAGAGCCGACUGGCGGUCAAGUUCAAGUUCCGGUCUUGGGAUUACACUGGAUUGUUAAUGUUCACCAGGUUUGCGGAUGAUCUGGGCUCUCUGGAGCUUGGAUUGAGUGAGGGACAGGUUAACAUCACUCUCACACAGCCAGGGAACAAGAGACUCCGCUUUGCUGCAGGAUAUCGUUUAAACGAUGGCUUCUGGCACACAGUGGAUCUUGCUGCCAGAGACAACUUGCUCUCGGUCACCAUUGACGAGGAUGAGAGCUCGCCUUUGAAGAUCACCAACCCGUUCGCGAUUCGCACUGGAAACACCUACUUCUUUGGCGGCUGUCCUAAGACCAACAAUACGGCACGCUGCGUGACCAAGCUGGCACGCUUUCACGGAUGCAUGCAGCAGAUCUUCAUCGAUGACGAGCCUGUGGACAUAGACGUGAUGCUGCAGAGAAAAUGGGGCCGAUACACGGAACUACUUCUGGGGACAUGCUCGAUCACUGACAGGUGCUCUCCAAACCCAUGUGAACACGAGGGCAGGUGUAUUCAGUCCUGGAAUGACUUCCUGUGUGUUUGCAACAACACCGGCUACAAAGGGGAGGUGUGCCAUAACUCCGUCUAUAGGGAGUCGUGUGAGGCAUACAGACUGAACGGAAAGUACUGGUCAGGCAACUACACCAUAGAUCCGGACCUGAGUGGGCCACUCAAACCUUUCACCGUUUACUGCAAGAUGAAGUUAAAUAGAGCCUGGACGAUUAUCGAGCACAACCGCCUGGAGAGAACCAAAGUGACCGGCUCCAGCUUGGAACGGCCUUAUAUAGGGGAUGUCCAGUACGUGAACGCCUCAUGGGACGAGGUCACAGCUUUAGCCAACACGUCACUAUAUUGCGAACAGUGGAUCGAGUUUUCUUGUUACAAGUCCCGCCUUCUAAACACUCCAUAUGGAAGGCCUUACACAUUUUGGAUUGGUCGGCAUAACCAGAGUCAUGAAUACUGGGGUGGCUCUUUCGCCGAGAGUGGGAAAUGCGGCUGCGCUAUCAAUCAAACCUGCACCGACUCCAAGUUCUGGUGCAACUGUGAUGCGGAUUAUCGGCAAUGGUAUGCAGAUAAGGGGUACUUGAUGUUCCGGGACCAUCUGCCUGUCAGGAGAGUUGUAGUCGGGGACACAAUCCGCCCCGGCUCAGAGGCUCAGUUCAGCCUCGGACCACUGCGUUGUUCCGGAGACAGGAGCAUCUGGAAUACGGUAGCCAUUACCAAGCCCACUUAUAUGGCAUUCCCCACCUUUAAACCUGGCACCAGUGCUGACAUCACCUUCCACUUUAGGACCUACCGCACCAACGGGGUUUUCCUGGAAAACUCUGAUGACCAUUUACGCAACUUCAUCAGGAUUGAGCUAAACUCCACUACUGAGGUGGUGUUCAUCUUCAUGGUAGGUGACGGGAUUAGGAAUGUGACCCUGCGCACCACCAAACCUCUCAACGAUAAUGAGUGGCACUACGUGGAGGCUGAGAUUAAUGUCAAAAUGGCACGACUCAAAGUGGACUUCUAUCCUCCGGCUAUUCACAAGUUCCCUGGCCAAACCUACAUCACCAUGCAGUUCACUCAACCCCUGCUCGUAGGUGCUGCAAAUCACACUCUCAGGCCCUUCUUGGGUUGCAUGCGUGGCCUGAGAAUGAACGGUGUCCCCGUGGAUCUGGAGGGGAAGGUAGACGAGCGAACUGGGAUUCGGAGAAACUGCACUGGAGCGUGUCUUAACGCCUCCAUCCCCUGCAGAAAUGGAGGGCAGUGCAUCGACGGCUACGCCUCGUACUCCUGCGACUGCAACAACACAGCCUUCGAUGGAUACUACUGCCAAUUAGAUAUAGGAGCAUUCUUUGACGUGGGUGCUUGGCUGCGCUACGACAUCCGUACAGAGCCCAUUUCAGAGGAUGCCUGGUGGGCAAACUUCUGGAUUGAGCCGCACUGGCACAACUUCACGCUGGGCUACAACACCACCACUGAUGACAUCGAGUUCAGCUUCAGCACUCAGCAGACUCCGGCCGUGCUGCUCUACAUCAGCUCCUUCCACAAAGACUACAUCGCUGUACUGCUCAAGAAAGAUGGUACCCUCUCUCUAAGGUAUCGUCUGGGUUUGUUAACGCACAAAUUUCAGCUGACCACCAGAAACCUGGCUGAUGGCUUCCCCCACUUUGUCAACAUCACCAGACACAACUACACCGUAUGGACCCAGGUGGAUUACAUGGAGCCAUGGGUGGAGAGAUUAACUCUCGGGGAGAUUCCCAGAUUUGACUCACCGAAAAGUAUAUUUCUUGGACGUGUUAUGGAGGUUGGUGAUAUCGACUAUGACAUUCAGAGACACAACAGUCCGGGUUUGGUAGGAUGCAUAUCGGGGGUCCGCUAUAACAUCUUUGCACCACUUAAGGCGUAUUUCCGACCCAACGUCACCAACCCACCCGUCACCACCCAGGGCUAUGUGGUGGAGUCGAACUGUGGUGCGUUUCCUCCUGUCUUAGGCUACGUACCUUGGGAGGACGACCCCUGGUUCACUGGAUUGUUUUUCUAUUAUAUUCAUGAUGACGUGACUCCACCCUGGAUGACGUUGAUCGUCACCGUGUCUCUGAUGCUGCUCUUCCUCAUGCUGUACUGCAUGUACAUUUACUUGUACAGGUAUAAAGGCAGCUAUCACACGAACGAGCCAAAGAACUUGGAGUCGCCCAGUUCUGCUCGGCCCCUCACCGAAACACUGCGCAAGGAGAAGAAGAACCUGCCGGAAAUCCAGGAGGAGGGGAUGGGUGAAUAA